CAUAUACCGCAGUAUCAUGGAUUAGUUUUUUAAAAAUAAUCAUUCCUAAUGCAGCCUAAUUAUCAUUGAUUCCGGAUUGGUCAAACCACCAAUAUUUUUUUCCAUGGUGAUAUCAGCCUGUUAUAAUAAUUAGCAUAAAUUCGUUCUCUGGUGAACAGUUUUGAUUGAUGCCGAAGGUAAAAUGUGAUAAAGGGAAGCAUCAAAAUCGAAAUUCAUUUUGUUUGCGCGUAAAUAUUAUACAUGUUCUUUAAUUUCAUUUAUUUUUCUGGGAUAUAAGUUACUUCAAACUUCAAAUGUGGAAACAAUUGGAGAUGGGUCUUAGAGCUUUUUGGCUUAUAGCGUCUCGAAUAUGGGGAUGUUUAUGUUUUACUCUAAGAAAGCAAACGAGAUCGAUAAUACAACACCAGUCCGUAAAAUAUGAUCUGUUUCCUCUGUCUCCACUGUCACGGCACCGAUUAAGUAUAGUUAAGAGAAAAAUCUUGGUGCUAGAUUUAGACGAAACUUUGAUUCAUUCACAUCAUGAUGGUGUUGUGAGACAAACUGUAAGGCCUGGGGUUCCACCUGAUUUUAGCUUAAAAGUGAUCAUUGAUAGACAUCCAGUUAGGUUCUUUGUGCACAAACGUCCGCAUGUUGACUUUUUUCUGGAUAUUGUUUCUCAAUGGUAUGAAUUAGUUAUAUACACAGCAAGCAUGGAGAUUUAUGGUGCUGCAGUUGCUGAUAAAUUGGAUGCCGGCCGAGGCAUUCUAAAGAGGCGGUUCUACCGGCAACACUGUACUCCAUUGUUUUGUGGUUAUACUAAAGACCUCAGUUCUAUUUGCGAAGAUCUCUCUAGCAUAUUUAUUGUAGACAAUAGCCCAGGAGCAUAUAAAACCUAUCCCUUUAAUGCGAUACCCAUCAAGUCAUGGUUCUCAGAUCCAACGGAUGUUGCGUUACUUAACUUAUUACCUGUCUUGGACGCCUUGAGAUUUACAUCAGAUGUCCGUUCCAUACUCGCUCGUAACUUGCACCUUGCAGGAGGCAGUAGAGUGACUGCGCCUCAAGUGAUUCGACUGUCAGAACGCCAGCCUGACUCUGAUCCAGGUCAAUCAAUGUCACCACGAACUUCAGGGAAUAAUAUUGACGAGCUGGCUGAAAGUAUCGUUACAAGGGUGGAGGAGUCACCGGAUGAACAACCAUCUGUGCUGUCCAUCAAAGAGAAGCGAUUUAAAUCGCGCAUACCGCAACGUAUGUGCAAUUGACGGUUGAAGAAGUAGGGAAAAUCCUUUUUAUCACCUGUUGAAAUUUCCAUCUGUUUUAGUUUUGUUAUUCUCAUUUGCGCUGAAUACCAAAUUACUGGUAUGCAAAAUGGUAGCGGUUCCUGUUCAAUAAAUUGUAGGUAAAUGUAAAAUGUACAUCAAAUUUCAUCACUUUUGAGGGAUAUUUAUAUUUAGCAAAAUUGCUACAAGUAUUGAUUUUAUUUUGAAGGUUUUUUUUCUUGGGCUCUGGAUUACUUAUGCACUGUCCAUCCUAAACUUGUUGAGUAAGCCAGGCUGAGAAAUCAUUACCCUUGCGUCCCAAAGGUUGGAUCAUUAGUGGAUUGGAUCAACAUGUGACGUUUUUUUGUUUGAAUAUCAUAGUUGUUUCCUAUUCAGAACCGUUAUGCCCUAAAAUUUAUAAAUAAUAAUAAAUGAUAAUCUUGUUGUUCUACUAUAAACCUCAUUGAGAUAUACAUCUUCAAAUAUUUUAACCUGUAAGUGAUUGCUUAAAUGUUUUCGCUGCACAUUAAUGCCUACUGAGAAUUUUUAGAAUAUAAAAAAAAUUUACUGCACAUACAAUUGUGUUACCUGGAGAGCUUUUUAUCCCAAAAUGAAUUAUUCGAUGGUUGUAAGUUCUCAUUGAAGCAUCAAAAACAGAAACAAAUUUUUCACAAGUAAAUUUUAUUUAAAAACUCAAUUCAGAAACAAAUAAAAUACUAAACUGUAAAUUUGAAUUAGUUUGUUUUUGCCUAUCUUUAAGACAUGUUGAUUUUUAAUAUUUUUCACUGCCCUUUCUGAUCAACCAAAAAAGUCUAUUUGACUAUUUAUAGUAACACUGUAAGGGUACAUACGCAACUGAUAAUUAACUAGUAAACACGACUGAUUAACAAUUCUUCAGUUUUAAAAAAUAACUACAAACAAAUUAAACGAAGGACUCGAUAUUGACCAAGAGUAUAUUUUUUACACGCAAAUGUAAAUUUUGUAGAGUAAAAAUUAUAAAAAAAUUAAUUAGUAGUUAAGUUCAAAAGCGCCCUCUAUGAAUUAGGUUAAAACUAAUGCCGAAUUCCGAAUCUUCAUUUUUCAAAACGCAGUAAAUCUGAUAUUGUUGUGUUGUAAUUUUUUGAAAAGAACGGUUUACUUUCAACGUCAACAUCUUAAGGUCUAACGUUUGCCACCACAUUUGUUUGUUAAAUAUUGAAUUGUAAUAUUACACCCUAUAUGUUGGUCGAGUGUUUAAUCAAUAUCUGUAACAAUUUUGUCAGCUUAGGAACUAGACAUGUCACACUAUAAUUUUUUUCUUACACUUUUGUACUGCGUUCACGUCCUCAACUCAUUCUUCGUCAUAGUUAAUUAUAUACAACACCGUAAUAUAUCUAGUUUAUUAUUUGUUUUAUAAAAAAGUUUAAAUACAAAAAUUAUAAAUAAGACUAAAUGAAACAAUUUAAAAUCAUUUUCAAAUAUACAUGUUGUAACCCAAACUUAUAUAUUUUUAAAUGAAACUCGCUGAAUUUUAUAGCAUCAGUAGAUACUCCCUUUUAUACUCAAUCACCCAAUGUAGGGUUGUUAUGGGUUAUACUCUAUACCGAGUGUUUUCGGAUUUAUUAUUUAUUAAUGAUUUGUUUCGAGUUUAAUAAAUUAUUUCAGCAUUACAUUAUCCGAAAUAAUUAUGGUGCAUUCGUCGCUGUGGACUUUUCACAUUCAAGUAAUAUUUAUUUUUUGUUCUCAAUCUCGUGAUAUUUUCGCACGGUUUGAAAAUAUUCAGUAUUUUGUUAGUAAAAAUGAGUAUAUCUCAAAAAAUACUAAGUUUAGGUAUAGGGCAUGCUUAAUGAAAUUGAAUUUUGAAAUUUUUUACGAAAAUUAUUUUUUUAAUUUUUACUCACCCUGUAUAUUACAAUUGGAACUCACUUGAAGAUAUUUAUAUUAUAAUGAUUAACUUUUAUAUUAUAAUAAUUGUACCACUUUAUAAAAUUGUUGGUAUAAUAAAAUUACAGCUGUCCGAAACGGCGCCAAAAAUAUAGGGUGUUAAACACAGGGUAUUUUUGACGAAAAAAUGGCCAUAAAUCCGAAGACGCUCAGUAUAGACCAUAAUUGAUAAUUCAGUAUAAAAAGUAGUAAAACAAAUAAUAAAUGAGAUAUAUUACUUUGACACACUAUUUGAACGCUCUGUAUAUACUUGACGGAAUUUUCGGUUAGCUUAGUUAUUCGAAUUAACAUGUAACCAGAGGGCUAAAACGGGAAAGCUUGAUUUGCAAGAAAAAUUUAACACCUAGUAUGAAUAAGGAUAAAAUGACACAUGAAAAGUUUUUCAAGAGGCUUAAACAUUAAAACAAGAAAGGUAUUUAUUAACUAGCUUUCAUAAUUUAAAUUUCUAAAAGAAAACACUUGGUAACAGACGCAAAUAUUACUUUUUUAUGGAACUGAAAUACGAAGACAUUUUUAAAUAUAUUUUCGGUUAUUUUUUUCGCGAAGUUUAUGAGCCAUUUUCAUUAAUUAUUUAUUUAAAAAAAAAAACAAAAAGAAAAUAUUUUGAAACACUGUAAUAGAAAGGAUGCUUUCUGUACGACCUUUUUGGCUUAAGGUUCUUUAUAACUUAAAAUCCUGCUAAAAUUGGAACCACCUUGUACAUAAUACCGCCGUUGUCUACAUUUUACAUACCUAAUCAAACCAUUGUACAAUUUGUUGGUCUGGCUAGUUCAUGGAAGAAACAAACAAGAUUAUGUUUAUAUUGCUUUAUAUGUUAUUCUGUUUUCAUGUAGUUCCUGGGGUAAAUUUGGUAAUUUUUUUCUAAUAAAAUCUUGUUCUCUGGUGUUGACAUGUGUCCCUGGAUCUCGAAAGUCAAGGCGCGCGUAGGAAUUUGAAUAUUUUUUUUAAUUUUUAAAUCUCAGUUCACCCAUUACCUAAUUAUAAUUUCAAAAUCAAUUACAAAUUUACCUACAUAAAGGGUUUCAAAACUGAAGAAUAAGAAUAUGAGAAAACAAAGUUAAUUUUUUUGUAUAAAACGUGAUUUUUAAAAUUUUUCUAAAUGGCGGUAUAGUAUUAAAGCGCGGACGCUUCAAAUUUUGAGAGGUAUUAUUCUUUUUUUUUACUGGUUUUUAUAAACAAUCACAAUACAUACAUACAAAUGGAUUUUUGAUAGCGCCCCAUAUCUGAAGUUGAAGGGAGUUACUCAAUUUUAGUUUGAGGUGCGGAUAAAUGUGGAUAUCCAAAAAAUCUAAGUUACAUAAAUUUUCAAGAGAAUUGGUACUGUGAAAUAUGUUCAGAAAAUGUAAUAAAUAUUUACAGGUUUCUGUUGUAUGUUAUGCAGAUGCAACAAUAGAUUUUAGGAUUUUUGAAAUGAAAAUAAUACACUUCAGCUUUGAACCCCUCACAGUUUCAUAACAAACGAAUAACUUUCCGCAUAAAAAAAGCUUCAAAAAGAUUGCCGAAAUACUUUAUAUAAACGGAUGGUAAUAAUGAUUUGUAUAUAUUUUUAUUCCAUCUGCGACUCAAGAAAACUUAUUAAAUUUAAUAAAAUGUCUUAUAACAUUACACAUUUUCUGCAUCAGAAAGUUGUAAUUUAGUUUUAGUAUAGUCAGUGUAUAUAAGCUCGUAAACGUUUGUAUAUGAUAAUGUAAUAUACAUAUACAUUUUCCUAUUAUUCUGGGUUGUUACCAAAAUUCAAUUCAAUUGAAUUUUAAUUAGGUGAUAUAUAGAUAUUUUUUUUACAAAAACAAGAUUUUGAACUCUGAUCACAAAUGCAAUAGCAAAACUAAUGGCAGCAGAAUUUGUUUAGCUGAUUAUCUAAAAGAUCUUUAAAAAAUUAAUUAAAGCGCGUAACACAUUUUACGGUACUCUUCACUUUUCUUUAGGUGUAUAGAAAAUUUAUUACGUUUUAUUUAAGUUAGUGAUACACCUAAAACCAAAGAGUGACCUAGGUUUAGGUCUACAGUAUAGGAUUUGGUUUAUGUGGAAUAUUUAUUUUCCACAUGAAUUUUUUUGUUGUAAAUAUUAAUUAGCUUUAGUAUUACUUGUAGUUAAAUUAGACGAUAGUUUUGACCGUCAGUCGUUAUAGUUUGUCAACAAAAACGUGUCUGGUGUAAA